CAACAAGUAUAGUUUGAUAUUUUUGAUAUCGUUGAAUUUGUAGAAUUUUGAUAUUAUCUCUAAAUUAAGAAUUAUGCAAGUACAAUAAAAAGUGACAGGAGGAAAAAUAAAGUUGAAGAACAGAGUGAGAAAGAGUCAUGGAUAUCUCUGGUGGCGCUGACGUAUAGUGAUCUGUCAUUCUGAACGUAAAGGUUAAGUGGCGAGCAAUGAGUCAAUUUAAUGAAACAUUCAAUUAAUAUUAUGUGUUGGAGCAUUUAUUCAAUUGCACGUGCUUCAGAUUGCUCGUGCCGACAUAAUUAUUGUGAAAUAUGGAAGAAAAUGUAUUUCUAUAAAGAAAUGAAUCUAUCGUCGCACAUUGGCAGCUGGUAGAUAACAACAUUAAAAAGUAAGUCGCAAAUUGAUAUGCUGGUUCCGUUUGUUGUGACCAUUAUCAACGCAUCAAAUGCUUCAUAUGGUUGCAAUUCUUCCGGUGAUGCGAAUCGAAAGGAAGACCAUUGUUCGACAUAAACUGCAAACUAUUUCAAAGUAGUCUGCGGCACGGUGCAAGUCAGAGAAAAUGGCUAGCGAAACCACAGAAUCACAACCUUUCAAAAACUUGCAGGAAUUGUAUAGCAAUGUGGGUAAUCUAAAACCGUGGCCAGAAAUUAAAGAGCUGAGAGAUACGACAGACUACGUGUACAGUGGUUCUGAAGUAAGUACACAAAAAAUGCAGUUGGAGAAAUUGGACAGAGAACGACAACCUAGAACAUUACUUUGUCACGAUAUGAAAGGUGGUUACCUAGAAGACAGAUUUAUAAAUGGAUCUAGGUCUUACAAUUCUUAUCUAUUUUAUCAUUGGAGUGGUAUUGAUACAUUCGUGUACUUUAGUCAUCACUUCAUAACUAUACCACCCUAUGGAUGGAUUAACGCAGCACAUAAUCAUGGUGUUAAGGUUCUUGGUACUGUAAUUACUGAAAGAGAAGGUAUCUGGGAUAUCAUACUUGAAUCUCAGGAGGAAGUAAGAAGGUUUGCAGAUGCACUAAUACUUGUUGCGAAAUUUUAUAAGUUUGAUGGCUGGUUAUUAAAUGUUGAAAACGCGAUUAAAAGUGAACAAAUUAAUAACUUAAUUUAUUUCGUAAAAUAUCUGACAGAAAAUAUUCAUGAAGCAAUUAAAAAUUCUGAAAUUAUAUGGUAUGACAGUGUAACCAAUGAGGGGAUAUUAAAAUGGCAAAAUGAGCUUAAUAGCAGUAACAUAGAUUUCUUUUUAAAUUGUGAUGGUAUUUAUUUGAACUACAACUGGACAAAAUCAAAAUUAGAGAACAGUUGUGUACUUGCAAAAAGUCACAAUAGAGAUAUGCAUGAUAUUUUUGUAGGACUGGACGUUUGGGGAAGAGGUUGUCCUGGUGGUGGUGGAUUUAAUUCGACAUACGCUUUACAAAAGAUACGAGACGAGGGACUUUCUGUUGCGAUUUUUAGUCCAAGCUGGACUCAUGAAUUUUUCGAAUCUAAACUAUUCCAAGAAUUGGAAGACUUAUUUUGGGCACAAUUAUUUCCUUACUUAUAUAUCCACGUACCUAUUUACGAAGAUGAAAUAUUCAAAACAUCAUUUUGCCAUGGAAGUGGUAGUUCAUAUUAUCUCUGCGGUCAGGCGCAAUAUACUGCAAAUACAUUCGAAGCGAAGUCAUUUUACAAUCUAUCCUUGCAAAAACCACAAAUUUCAGUACCUAUACCACACUUAAAAUUUACAUAUUUCCCUGAACCUCCUGAACCGAUAAAUGAAAACGAUCGAAACGAGUGUGCAAAAAAACCGAUACAAUAUGUUUAUGAAACGAAGAAGCAUAUUAUUCGAAUAUUAAAAAAUGUUGCAAGCAUUCAAGAUAAAAUUCCAAUACUAGAUGUAAAUAACUUCGAAUUCUGUAACCAGUUUUCUUACGAAGGCGGUGGUUGUUUAAAAUUAAUCACAAAGGAACUCAAUUCGUACCACAGACUAUUUCUCACUCACAUUGAAUUUCAACAAGACAUCGUAGCAAUUAUUGUGUACAAACAAAUAGAAUCAUUUAUACCAAACGAAAAACGUACUGAACCGAUACUGGUUCUAGGUAAUAAUACCGGCUUAAGAUCCAUCAUCCAUUAUGAAUCUAGAAAUCUAACUUCAAACUGGAAGAAAUGUGUUUACCUAACGAACAUGAAGACCGUGAACGAAAUUGGUGUAUCCUUCGUGAGGAGUAAUGUCUGCUAUCUGGGAGAGAUCAUUCUCGAACAAAAGCGGCGACACCUGCACGAUCGUUGGGAUUCAACGGAGUGUGUCAACCGGCUCGGCAGCCUCAGCGUCUAUUGACCUUUGCUCGAUCACGCAGUACCAGUAGCCGCUUCCGACCGAAAUCCAUCAAGAAAAACGACGAGCCAUCUUAGGGAAGCUAUUUUAACCUUUGUACAUUUUAUCAGAAAUAUCCGAGAAAUAUAUAACGCUAAAGAGCGAAGCACCGUGAUUGUUCCCUGUUUUAAACAGAAAUAUAACAGAUCCAGGAAAGAUACGAAUAUUUUAUCCAAGAUACCAGAGGAGAAUCAAAGAAAAAGGGGUUGAACAGAGUGAACGAGUAAAUGACCGAACCACGCUUGUGGUUUGCUGUAGAAACGAGAGGGAAACGGGCGUGUAUUACGUUAGUGAUGUGUUAGAACGCCUCUGGAAAGGAGAAGAAAGAGGAAGAAGCAUGGA